CAGCCCUCGCUCCCUUGGGGUUUAGCUUCUUCCAACUCCACUGCUUCUCACCGAACGCAAGACAGAGACAGAUGUCAGGAUCCGUCCCCACUUGCCCGACCCGGAUUCUCGUUAGCCGGUUGCAAUCUUUUUCUUUGAGUAUUACCGACUACUGUACACACACCCAACCCAGUUCAAAUGUUCGCAGUUCCUGGUUGGGCGGUUUCCGCUACUUCUCUUGUCUCCGAGAGGGACUCUACCGCACAUUCAUCCUCCGUCAAAGAUUCUUCCGCCUCCACCUCGAAGAAAAGGAAGCAUGCGCAGCCUCGUCAAGACCACAGUUCGAAGAUCUCUGGGAGCGAGCUUGAAAAAUUAUGGAACAAACACAAUACCCUGAAGCCUGUCUCGCAGCCCAAGGAUCAUGGCAAGGCCAAGAAGCGCACGUCUGAAGGGGACAAGACUGCGAGAAGCGGGAAAGACGGUGCCAAAAACCAUGAGACCAAAACAAUACCCAGUGUGAAGACGGAGGGCCAACGAACCCAUAAAGUCGAUCCUGCCUCGUCGAAAAACCCCUCCGCCAAAUCUCAGCACGAUAUUCAAGCUCCCCGAAGAAGUGACAAGCCCAAGACAAGCAGCAAUUCUCGCGACAAAACUUCUAACAAUCGCCGAAAUCACGACGCAGAAAACCCUGCCCGAGAUGCCCAAGCGCAGCCAGAUGCCUCCUCCACCACGGCCAAAGGACUAUCACAGUUGCAUCCUUCUACCGUUUUCCCGACCACGAAAUUGACACCGUUGCAAGCGAAGAUGCGCAGCAAGUUGACUUCUGCUCGCUUUCGUCAUCUCAAUGAGACCUUGUAUACAACCUCCUCAGCUUCCGCAAUGGAUCUCUUCUCCUCAUCCCCAGAUCUUUUCGCCGAAUAUCACGCAGGCUUCUCACAACAAGUCAAAGAUUCAUGGCCACAGAACCCGGUGGAUUUGUACAUCACAUCUAUCAAGACGCGUGGGACCCUGGCAUCACCCCAGAAUGGCGUCCUCCCGAUUCCUCGCCGCAAAACUGGCUCUUGUACCAUAGCAGAUCUGGGCUGCGGCGAUGCACCUCUCGCCCGCGGCUGUCAGGCUCUAAACAAGUCGUUGAAGCUCAAAUUCCACAACUUUGACCUCCACUCUCCAAACACACUCGUCACCAAAGCCGACAUCUCCAACCUCCCGCUACGAGACGGAGAAGCAGAUAUUGCCGUCUUUUGCCUGAGUCUCAUGGGCACCAACUGGGUGAGCUUCGUCGAAGAGGCCUGGCGCAUCCUGCGUGGAGAUGGAAAGGGAGAGGUAUGGGUCGCUGAGGUCAAGUCCCGAUUCGGCAGGGCUGGUCGUGGACCUGGUCCCCGUGUUGUCGAGAAUAGCGUGGGCAAGAGGAGGAAGACCCAGAGACCAAAGGACGACGGCCACGAUGAUGGCGUACCGACCGAGUCAUUCGUCGAGGAGGCCACCGGACCUCAGGAUGACACCGACAUCUCCGCCUUUGUCAAGGUUUUUGCCCGCCGAGGUUUCCAGCUCCGAGAAGAAUCGGUUGACAAAAGCAACAAAAUGUUUGUCACCAUGAUCUUCAUCAAGUCAGGAAUUCCAACUGCCGGCAAGCACCAGGGUCUCAAAUGGAACGGCCACGAAUAUCAAAAACAACACGACGGCAAGAUGCGUUUCUCUGGCGGUCAGGGAAGGGAUGACGACGUUUCUCCAGAGGACGAGGCCAAGGUGUUGAAACCCUGUGUCUACAAGACAAGAUAACAAGGUCGCUUGUAUUUGCUAUUGGCCAACCUCGAUGUGCGAGCGAGAGGAACAACAAGACCGCACUACUGUGGUAAUAGCAGUAGGAGUAGGAGUAGUAGCAAUAGCAUCAUGGUCAUCAUCA